CGCGAGUGGUGGUCCGUCCUAUUGAUCGACCUAGAUCUGCAGUUGGUCUCCGCGCUUCGUCACGAAUGCGCGUCUUCUCUUUCGAGCAACGCGUCUCGACGACGUUUCUCCUCUCUUCUUUGAGCGUCUUUGUUCCUGACUCCUCGUUUCUCCUUCUUACAAUUAAAGAACAAGAAGAAGAGUAACGAGAUCUCACUAGCUACGAUUCUUAACGAAUCUCGAGAAGGUCGAUUAUUUUUCUCCGGAGCAGUGAAACGUGUCACCUGUGAUCGAGAAAACUUACGAUUGGAUUGCUUCCUUGGGAAAUCGUAAAGAAGAAAAAUGGACAAAGUCGACGUCCGAUGUACGAAUUCUUCCCGAGAAGGAUGAAAGCACGAAUGAUUUGCAACAGGCUGCACGAGGCGCGCUGAGAAGUUCUAGCGCGUUAUAACGGAGGAACGACCAGCUCUCUUGUUAACUCUUCUAUUUUCAUUGUUCUUAUCGACGACGAUCGAAAGAAGAAGAUCCAUCCUUUCGUUCGUUCGUUGCUAUUCGUACGAUUCUUCGAGGAUUUUUCCAGAGUUCCGCAUCGUUAGAUCGAUUAGCCGCACAUCGUACAGCCACAGUCGUUCAAGAAACGAGAAAUCACGAUACGGUAUGACGAUAUAUCGAAUGUAACGGGAGAGGAACAGCCGCCGACAUGUGGACGAAUCGUUUGAUUAUAGUGGCGGCAAUUGUACUCGCGGUUGCCAACGUCUGUCAUGCGGAGUGCCAGACACGCUCGGUCUAUUGCUACGAAUGCGAUUCGUGGACAGAUCUACGAUGCAAGGAUCCGUUCAAUUACACGGCGCUACCUAGAGAUCAGCCACCAUUGAUGACGUGCAAUGGAUGCUGCGUCAAGAUGGUCCGAAAUGCAAAAUCACCAUACGAGAGCGUUAGAAGGACCUGCAUUUCGCAGCUACAGAUAAACUUAUUCAUGGUGGACCACGUGUGCAUGAUGGAAAGUACCGGCACUGGUCACAUGUGCUUCUGUGAGGAGGAUAUGUGCAAUCGUGUAUCCCCGACUUCGUGUUCGAAUCCCACCCUCCUCCUCUUACUCCUCUCGACCAUAUUCUUUCUAAGCUCGAACGUUUUAGGAGGCCAAGCUUGCUUUGUAGAACGUUGCAAUGGUCACAUUGUAUAACACCGA